AUGGUCGCGAAGGCUCUGUUUAAAUGGUCGAACAAAAUCACUACUUCGCAAGUCGAGCAGCUGCUACGAGCCGAGAAGGACGUGCAGAAGGCCCUGCGGAUAUUCGACUCCGCCACCGCCGAGUACAGCAAUGGGUAUAAGCACGACCGCUCCACGUUUCACAUCAUGAUCUCCAAGUUACUCACCGCGAAUAAAUUCAGGCUGGCCGAGGAGAUGCUGAGCAGAAUGAAGGUGGAGAAGUGUCGAAUCACGGAAGACAUUUUCCUGUCUAUAUGCAUGGCAUAUGGUCGGGGUUUGUGUCAGUCUGAGAAGGUAGACGAGGCCAUGGGAUUGUUUGAGAAGAUGAAGACCAAUGGUGUUGAGCCAAAUGUGUUUACCUACAGUUCUCUAAUGGAUGGUCUUUGUAAGAAUGGCAGAUCAAAGCAAGCCAUGGAGUUACUGCACUUGAUGGUUAUGAAACGUGUUAAGCCUAAUACGAUAACUUAUACCACAUUGAUUACUGGGCUCUGCAAGGAAGGGAAGAUUUUAGAAGCUGUGGCGAUUCUUGACAGAAUGAAGCUUCAGGAGUUGAAACCAGAUGCAGGACUUUAUGGGAAGGUUAUCACUGAGUUAUGUGGUUUGAAAAGGUUUCAGGAAGCUGCAAACUUCCUUGAUGAGAUGGUCCUUGGACGAAUAACACCAAGUUGA